AUGUGCAUGCAAGACUCUCCCGUUGGGGUCAGAGAUACGGAUUAUAAUUCGGUAUUCCCUAUGGGUGUCAAUGUUGUCGCAACAUGGAGUCGCAAUCUAGCCUAUGCUCAUGGUCAAGCUAUGGGGUACGAACACAAGCACAAGGGCAGUACCGUGCAGCUUGGCCCGGUCACUGGUCCCUUGGGACGAUCACCUGAGGGAGGACGCAACUGGGAAGGUUUUGCCCCUGACCCAGUGCUCUCUGGAGUCAUGUUUGCGGAGAGCAUCUCCGGAAUUCAAUCUCAAAAUGUCAUUGCCUGUGGAAAGCACUUUAUUGGCUAUGAGCAAGAGCACUUCCGCAGCGCUGGGAAUGGAUUCUUAUAUCAGGUCAAUGAGAGCUAUAGUGCUAAUCUUGAUGACGUGACAAUGCAUGAACUGUACCUUUGGCCAUGGAUGGAUGGUGUUCGCGCUGGCAUGGGCUCCGUAAUGUGCUCAUAUAACCAAAUCAACAACAGUUAUGCAUGCCAGAACAGCUACAUCCUGAAUAAGCUUCUGAAGGCUGAAUUGGGCUUUUAA